GAACUUUCUGCAUUACAUCAGUUCGCCCAAAAUAAGUCGAACAAAUCCAAAUUGUUCUUUGAAGACUGAAAUAGUAUGCGAUCGCAGUGACCCAUCAAUAGAUGUUGCCAUUGUACCAGCAAUCUCAGAAACAGCCAAAGUGAGCAAAGUCACAUUCAAAAGUGGUAAUCUAACCUGUUUGGAAAUACUGCAACUAUUGAAUAAACACAUCUCAUCACUAGCACCUGUGGAACAACCCGUUUCAACUAUUCAAACUAAAUCCGAAAAAAGGAAAAAGAAGUAAUAAGAAAAAUGACUCGAUCAAAGGGCAACUUGCAUGUUGUAGAAGAAAUAUACAAUCAAAUACCUGCAUUUACUGAUGUGUUUUCUGAAGACACAUUUUACAUAUUUGUGGUGUUCUUUGUUUUGUCUACUAUCAUGGUUGCUUUUAUUCUAUCAAGAUUCAUUACAAUAAAACCUGUAGAAUAGUGUAAAUUAAUAUUAUAGUGUAUUUGGAUGUUCAAUAUAAAAAUGCUUGAAAAUUA